AAGCAAUAUAAAAAAAUUAAGGGAAAUUUCCUAGUAAAUUUUAGAUCAACCUGCGGACCAGCACCACCAUCGAAGGCGUAGUCAUGAGUGAACAUAAACAAAAGAAGACCACAUCAACGAAAAGUAAAACGGACUUUGGACGACAGGUGGACAGCAUGCAGGAUGUGUUGCAAAGGGUCGAAAUGUAUGGGAACAAGCUUAGCGAUCAGAUUCACAAUAUCAAGAGGCUAGUGCGGACCAAUCAAAAUGUCGUGGCCCAACUGAGGGCCAACGAGAAGACUCUCAAGUCGCUAAUCGAAGAAAGGCGGAGACCAGACCAAUCAGCCAUCAAACCAUCAAUCAAACCAAACGGUGCGGUCAAGGCGGUCCACAAUGGAAAUGGUGCCUGUGAACAAGGACCUGGAAAGCAACUCCUGAAGACAAAAUCUGUAAGGGGCGUAAACGGUUCCUCCGAAGAAAGAGCUCUAGCGCGACUCCUUGGCGUAAAAACAAAACCUGUCUUGAACGAAAAUGGGGCCUUAGAGCGAAGAGCUUCCAAACAACUCCUUGGCCCCAGGACAAAGUCCGUAUUGAGCGAAAAUGGUUGCUGCGAAAAAAGAGCUUCAACGCAACACCUCGGCGCGACUAUAAAAUCUGUCUGGCAGGAAAAUGGUGCCUGUGAACGAAGAGCUUCAGCGCAACUCCUUGGCGUGCGAAAAAGGAUGAAUUCUAUUGAUCAAGAAAUGGAACGUUUGCGCGCGCCUCGGUCUUGCUUUCCAAUCAAAAGGAGCCCACAUCGUGAGGCUUGCAAGGCGGCCACAUUUGAGGAAAUAUGCUGGACACAAUGCAAGCCCACGACGGAGGGCUAUUUGCCGCAGAAAGAAGCCAAGGCGGCCGGAUGUUCCACUGACGUAUCAUGGGACAGACAAGCGCUGUAUAAAUCACUCCAAAUUGACUUGGAUAAUCGACAGAGGGGAGGCCGGGAUGCUCCUGCUCCGGCGUCGUUGUAUUCCCUAGAUGUGGAUCUGGUUCGCCAUCAAAAGCUCAUUGAAAGAGACUGCCUCGACUUGUAUUGUCAAUGUCAGACACUUGCAAAACCUAUGGAGACAUUCAGCAUGGACUUGGACUUGGACUUGGAUGUGGCCAGCGCCAGUGGAGGGGCAGUCAGCCAAUACGAGCUCUCCUACGGAGACCAUAUGGACACGUACAACGUUGAGACCUCCGCCGUUCAUCGUAAGCUGCAGAGCAAAGUAGAGGCAUUGAGGAUACUGCGGCUGGAGCUGGAGCAAUUCCGCGUGGAACGGGAUCAGUAUAAGCUGAUGGCAGAGACCCUGCAGCUGCGCUACUCUGCCCUGAAACACAAUAGCGAACUCGUGACCGUGGGCGGCAACGGAUGCGGCCCCCUCAGCCAGAACUCGAGUCUUGCUGCACUGCUACACGAGACCCGGGAGCAGAACCUCAAGCUAAACACCGAAGUGGAGGGCUUGAAGCAGCGGCUGAACGAGAUUCAGGGAGACAUGGAGCUGCUGCGUGAGACAGAGGCCAGCAACAAGGCUCGGGUGCAGGCCAUGGCCAGCGAGAAUGCGGCACGAAACAAAGAGGAGCUGCAAUGGAGGCGGGAGCGGGCCAACUUCAUUUGCCAUCUGGAGAAUCUGAAGAAGAAAAACGCGCAGCUGGCGUUUGAUUUCAAGGCGAUCAUUGACGAAAAGGAGGAACUGAUUACAGAGCGGGAUGCGUACAAGUGCAAGGCGCAUCGCCUAAAUCACGAACUAUUUGUGGCCCUCAGGGCCAAGAAAACGCAUCCCAAGCUGCUCGAUAUUGAUGGCGUAUUGUUGGAGAACAAGUACCUGCAUGAACGUGUGAAAAUCCAGGAGGGCGAGCUGGAUCUAACCAAACAGAGCAUUUCCAAAUAUAAGUCCAUGUUAGAUGCGAAGCGCAAAAAAGGAAUUGUGAAACUUGGCGGCGGCACCAGCGCAAACGACGAGACCAUAUUGAGCCCCAGGCAGGUUAAGACAAUUCUAGAAAGCGGCAUUGAUUUGCCACAGAAAACGGAGACCAUACAUGACCUGAAAUCCUUGUGCUUGGCAUUACUCGAUAACCUGAACGACAAGAACCUGGCUCUAACGCAUCAGAAGAAGACCAACAAAAUACUCGCUGGUAAAAUGACAGACUUGGAGCAACGUUGGCAGCAACUCCUGGCCGGUGAUGCAGAUAGUGCUGAUGCGGAUCAGGAGGAUGAUGACGACUACGGCUAUGCCCCCUCGCAGCUACUGCUCAAUGGCUACUGCGCCGCUAUGGUUGAUGACAUAGACAUUAGCAGCAUUCCGUCCAGUGCUCCAGAUAAUGCUGGCGGCACUCUGACUCCGGAACCGGAGGAACACAACAAGCACAAACCAAGUGACUGCAAUGGGAUAGAGACGCUGCAGCAUUCUGACGAUGGCAUGUCAUCGCUUUCAGCCGAAUCGGUGGACUCGUCCGUCUACGAAGUGGAUGUGCAGAGGGAGGACUUCCAUAAAUCAUCGUCGGCCACCACAGACUCCGGCAACUGUGGCUUUGGCACCCGCAGCAAUGGUACGCCGCGCAUUUCCAGCGCUGUGGCCCGAGAGCGAAUGGAAGAUCUUAAGGACUUGCCACCGCAUUUGGCCACCUUGGUGCAGAAGGCGCUGCAUGAGCUAGACCUGCGCGAUUACGAGGCAUUGGUCACAAUAAGAGCAGAGAAUGUGGCCUCUAUUAUCCAUUAGUAGCAAAAUCUAGUCCCAUAUUUCUAUAUAUUUUCCCCAAGACAGGACUUUAAUAGAACCAUAUCGUAAAUGUUGACAAGAUG